GCGAUCCUGCCGGGGGUCGAAGGGCUGUAGAGUGGGAGCGUCUGAAUGCAAUGGCAGCUGGGCCUUAGAAUGCUCGACCUGGACGGUAUAGCGACAGGACAAAGCUUAUGUACAGAGACUGCGCCAGGAAGCCUACAUGAGAGAGUACAGGGUAUAGGAGCCCAGGGGGCGUCACGUCACGGGGCUAGGCGGGAAGGGGAGCGGGAGAUCGCGGGAGGAGAGCCCGCUAGUCCCAGUCAGAGCCCGGGAGAGACCGGCAGCAUCGAGUAACAGUGAGAGGUGCAGGCUUUGACGCCAGUGGUCACCGUGGUCUCCGACGAAUGGCACGCAUCGUCGAUGGCCAUCGUGAAAGCUACGGAGGUCUCUCCAGAAAAACGCGCACACGCACGAAGUUUGGCAGAGGUUGGAGGCAGGACUUGGGAUAACCCAUCUAUGAUCUCCGUUGUUCAUGGACCAGAAAUUAAGAACCCCUCUCAUUACAUAAAGCCAGGAAAACAUGCUGUUUCCAGUUCCUCACUUCCCACCAGAAUUGACGUAACUCCAAGUCUUUGACCCCACCACGAUACUGAAACUGCCCCGGUCAGCUUUUCUGCCUUCCUCAGGCCGAAUUCAGUGGUAGUUACCUGUCCUUGUCAUCCUAGUACUAACUGACAUGAGUUAGCUUCCUUGAAAGUCUUUCUUCUUAGGACCCUCCACACUCUCUUGAUUUCUCUUCUACUUUUUCUCAGUCUCUGGUGAACUCCUCGUCUACCUCACCUCAAGGUAUUGGUGGACCAGAGGCGUCACUUCUCAGCCCUGUCUUUCAGGGUUGUCCCCAGAGCACCAUAGCUUUAAAUACCGUCUAUCUCCUCCCAUUUUUAUAGUCCAGCCCCAACUUCUCCCCUGUUUGAUAUCUUGUUAGAUCUGGGCGUCUAAUAUGCAUCUUGAACUUAACAUGUGCAAAACAGAACUCAGUUUUUACUCCAAAUCUGUUCUCUCCCCCCGCUCUUCCUUACCUGAGGGCACUGUCAUCCACCUCAUCCCUCUUUUACCUCACACAAGAGAAAGAUCGAGGUGGGUAGGACAGCUGUAAAUUUUAAACAGGGCUUAGGAUAGGCCUUACUGGGAAUGUGAUAUUUGAGUUAAUACUUGGUAGGCAGGUAUCUGAGGGAAGAGUGUUUCAGGUAGAGGGAACAGUUAGCACAAAGGUCCCAGGACAAGAGGAUGCCUGGUGUGUUAAAGGAAAGUAAGGAGGCCGGUGUCAAUGGAGCAGUGAGUGAGGGGAAGUGUACUAGAGGUCAGAAAGGUGAUGGGGUGGGACACAGUGCAGCUCCUAUGAGACCUAGUCGGCCAUCAUAAAGCUUUGGCUUUUACUCUAAGUGACUUGGGGAGCCAUUGGAGAGUUUUUAGCAGAGAUAUGAUCUGAUUUCUAAUUUUAAAGUAUCUCUUUUUGCUGUGUUUAGAAUAGACUAUAGGCCCUAUAGGGGGCGAAGGACAGAAGCCGGGAGAUCAGUUAGGUGGUUAUAUCCUACCUAUACUGGUAGUUCUCAAACUUGGAUGCACUUUAGAAUCACCUAGAGAGUAGUGAAAAAUCCCGGUGCUCAGGUCCCACCCCAUACCAAUUAAAUCAAAAUGUCAAGGGAUGGGAGCUAGACAUUAGUAUUUUCUAAAGAUCCUUGGGUGGUUCUAGUGUGUAGCAAAGUUUGGGAACCACUGAUCGAGGCCAGAGAUGAUUUAGACUCAAAUCUGGGUAGUAAGCAGUGGAGGUGGUGAGAAGUGUUCAGAUUCUGAAUAUAUUUUGGGGAUGUCAGUAAGACUUCCUGACAGGUCAGGUGUGGGAUAUGAGAGAAAAAGAGACAUCAAGAUCAAGGGUGACACUGAAGCUUUUGGAUCAAGGGACUGGAAACACGUAGUUGCUGUUUGCUGAAAUGGAGGAGACUGUAAGCGGAGUGGGGUUGUGAGGGGGUCCGUCUGGACAUAUGUUUGGCAUGCCUAAGACAUGAAGAAAGUUGGGACUGGAGAUACCAAUCGAGAGUUAUAGGCAUGUAGGUGAAAUGUAAAGCUAUGAAAUAAGGUGAAUGUGGAAAAGAAAGAGAAGAGACCAAAGACUAAGCUUUGGGGCCUUCUGUUAUUAGCAGGAUGGGGAGAAAAGGAGUACCAACAAAGGAGGCUGACAAGGUAGGAAGAAAACUAAGAGAGUGUGUGUACCUGGAAGUCAAGAGAAGAAAGUGUGUUAAGGAGGAGGGACUGAUCCAAUGGGUCAAAUGCUGUUGAUGGGUCGAGUAAGAUGAGUGUUGAAAUUGACUAGGAUCGUUGGGGCCUUUGACAAGGAGAGUUUUAUGGAAUGGUAGAAGUGAUGGCCUGACUAGAGUAGAUUUAUGAUAGACUGAGAGGUGAGAAUUUUGAGACGGUGAGUUUAGACAACUCUUUUGAGGAGUUUUGCCACGAAGAAAUACAGAGAAAUGGGGUAGUAGCUGGCAGGGUAACUGGGGUCAAAGGGAGUGUUUGUUUGUUAAAACGGGAUAAUUAACAGCAAGUGUGUAUGCCGAUGAGAAUAGUCCAGUGGAGAGUGAAAAUUAGAUGAAUUAAGAGAAGAGAGGAAAGUACUCUAUCUAGUCCUGCAGCUGGAGAAAAGGGAUGGAAUCUGGUGGACAAGAGAAGGGAUUAGCUUUGGCUGGGCGCAUGGACAGUUCAUUCAUUAACAGGCUGGAAAGCAGAACAUGUGAGUGUAGAUUCUGAUAGGUGGUUGCGUGUGAUGCUGGGGCUCUGUGGAAGUUCUCUUUCAAUUGCUGCAGUUUCUUCAGUGAGUUCAGUGAAAAUUCAGCCUGGUAGUUUGUCCAGACUUCCAACAGACCUACAUUCAGGUAUCCAAAGAGUGUCAAAGACCACCAUAAAGAACCCAGGCAGCUUUAAAAAUGAUCAGAGUUAAUUUUAGUUUUUGGGUACUUAAGUAUUAUCUCUGACUAAGAAUAUAGUUAACUGUUGAAGUAAAGAAACAGCCAGUAGAGGGAGAGCUAAGCACGUGGGACAUGAAUAUAAGUUUAAGGUGUGAUUUUGCCCAGCGAGGUAAGUAGAAGACCCAACACUAAUGAUGACAUUCACUCUGAUUUUCUUGUUUUGAACUUUAUGUUGGUAUUUCUAUGGUUUUCUGAUGGAUGAGGCACACCAUCUUGCCAAAAGUUCAAAGCAAUUUUUAAGGUCACACUCUAAAUAUUUAUCUUCAGUGCUUUUUGACCUCUUUGCUUUCUGGAUCCCCACUUUAGACUAAAAACAUACCUACAGUUACUGAGGCUUGUCCUUGUAAUGACGGAGCCUGUCUUUGAAGGUCAAACACUACCUGAAGCUGAAGGCUAAAAAAAUAGGUUUUUACCUGUACUUGAUGUGAUUAAUGGGUCGCCAGACACAGCAAAAUGGAGUAUGUUCUACUUUCUUCUCUCCUGGACAGCGAUUCAAAAAGAUUAGUUUUUCUAAAAAAUAUAGAUGUAAAAUUUAAUUUCCAGAAAGAGUUAUUUAAACUUUAUGACCCUCAUUUGUACAAACAAUCCAAUGUUGUUUGGUUUGGGGUGAAUUUCAAGACUGUGUAUCAAGAGUCGUUUAUCUUCACCAUCUCAUAUCAUCCAUCUCUCCCAGUUGUCUUGUGUUGGGGGAUGUGAGAACCAGCUUUGUCUCUUUUGGCACUGGGGAGUUUUUCCUAUCUGCUCAAAUAAGUCAGAUGCAUCUGAAUAACUUUCACCCUCAAAAAAAGGAUGCUGUAGGGUGGAUGAUGCAAUCUCUUUGGAGAGGAAAAAUGACCAAUAUCUGCCUGCUUGUAGGAAUAAGGCAGAGAAGGAUGUAAGAUCCCCAGUUUACAUACAAGUAAAGUUUAAAUAAAAGAGCGAAAAUGGAACAAGUCAAUUUCUGAGGGAGGAGAUUGUCAUAAAUAGCCCUCUGAUGGCAAAUCAGUUUCACUUCUGCUUGUGUAAAUGUGGGUUUGUGACUGGCCACGAAGGGCUAUAUAGCUCAGCUGUUUCCACGUAUCUACACCAAGGCAAAGAAACUGCCACCAUCUCCUUUGCAGACUCCUGGAGCCAAACGGAAAAAGUAGUAUCUGGCUGAUUCUCUAAGUGGAUAAAAGCAGGCAUUUGCAUAACAGGAAAUGGCAGAAACUGAGGAUUUUGUGGGUCAGGAGCCACAUCCAGUUGACGAUGAUUUAUUUAAAGAACCAAUGAAAAAAAGAAGACGUUCAGAUCGAGACCAACGGUUCCGAGCAUUUCCCUCCGUGGAACAAAGUGCUCUUAAGGAAUAUGAAAAAUUGGAGUCACGGACCAGAAGGGUUUUGAGCAACACUUAUCAGAAACUUAUUCAGUCUGUCUUCCUGGAUGACAGUAUUCCUAACGGAGUCAAGUAUCUCAUAAACAGGCUUCUUGCCUUGAUUGAAAAACCAUCAUUGGACCCAAUCUACAUUGGAUUAUUUGGAAGCUCUGGGGCUGGGAAGAGCUCCCUGAUCAAUGCCAUCAUCCAGCAAGAAAUGUUUCUACCUGUGUCUGGAGAAAGUAUAUGUACGUCAUGUAUUGUACAAGUGAGCUCGGGCUGCUGUGAACAGUAUGAGGCCAAAAUCCACCUUCUCUCUGACCAGGAGUGGAAGGAGGAGUUGAAGAACUUGACUAAACUCCUACACAGGACGGAGGAGCUGGGCAGAGAAGAGGCAGAUAAGUGGGACAGGGAUGAUGCAGUGGAGGAAGCCAUCUGGAAGCUACAAAUACUUUACGGAAAUGGGGCGGAAAGGAAGAACUAUGAGGAGUUACUAAGGGCCAAGCCCAAAGGAAAAAUUCCCACCUCCAGAAUCAUCACCCUCAAGGCAGAAGAGGCAGGAGAGCUGUCCAUCAAGCUGGACCCCUACAUCCGGACUCAGAGGAGAGACUGGGAUGGAGAAUCAGCUGAGACACAAAUCUGGCCCUUGAUCAAACAGGUGGAAGUGACUCUUCCCAAAUCAGAGCUGAUUCCAGAAGGAGUUGUGUUAGUGGACAUUCCAGGCACAGGUGACUUCAACAGCAAGAGGGAUGAGAUGUGGAAAAAGACCAUUGAUAAAUGCUCAGUGAUCUGGGUGAUCAGCGACAUUGAAAGAGUUUCUGGAGGGAGAGCCCAUGAAAACCUUCUGAAUGAGAGCAUCAAAGCCUGCCAGAGGGGUUUCUGCAGGGACGUUGCCCUGGUGGUCACCAAGAGCGACAAACUCCACUUGCCAGAAUAUCUAAGGGAAAGAAAAGUGAGAAAUCAAGCUAUUCAAAGUCAGCGAGAGGCUGUUUUAGAAAGAAAUGCAGUGAUAAAACUACAGAGGAAUAAAAUUCUCAAGGAAAAGCUAACGAGAAAACUGCCAGCUGACUCCAAGGUCCUGGAUGCCUCAGAUCUGGUGUACACAGUCAGCGCCCAGGAGUACUGGCAGCAGGCUCUCCUCACUGAGGAGGAAACUGAAAUCCCCAAGUUAAGAGAAUAUAUCAGGAAAAGGCUCUUGGACAAGAAGAGGAGGAUGGUGACCAAGUAUGUUACUGAAGCCUUUGGCCUGUUGCUCCUCACAGACAGUUUCAACUGCACGGAAAACCUGCCGAAUGAAUUCUUGCACAUGAGUGGCCUGCGGAGAUUUGUGGAAGAGAGGAUGCAGCUGCUGGAGAAGGCCAUCGACCAGUGCUUUGCUCAUGUAGUACAGCCUCUGCAAGAAGGGGUUAGAAAUGCCAGGGCUUCCUACCGGCGGAUCCUCGGGGCAUUCCUGGUGAGGAGUAGAGGAAACCAGGGUUUUCACCAGACUCUGAAAGCUGUUUGCUUGAAAAAUGGCAUCUAUGCCUCCAGGACUCUCACAAGAAUAGAUCUGAAUGAAGCCAUCACUCAACCCAUCUAUGACCAGAUCGAUCCUGUUUUUGGAGGCAUUUUUAGAGCUGGAAAGCCCACUGGUUCAGCUUUGAUGCCUCACAUAGAUGCUUUUAAGCACUCUCUGCAGGAGAAAAUGACAGAAAUUGGAAUAAGAAAUGGCUGGAAAUAUGAUAGCUGCAAAAAAAGUUUCCUGAUCCAGGAGAUAAGUGCCAUCCUGGGAGACAUGGAGGAACACAUCCUCAGAAAGAAGAGGAGGAUCUAUGAGUCUCUCACCACCUCUGUUCAGAGCGACCUGAAGCCCUGUUACGAAGAGGCAGCUCAGAUCACUGGCAAAAAAGCUUGUGAGAGAAUGAAAGAUGUCAUCAGAAGAGGGGUCGACCAGCAGGUGGCCGAGGGCAUGUUUGAAAGGGCUCAAGAAAGGAUGCAACACCAAUUUCAGCAACUGAAGAAUGGAAUCACGGAGAAGGUGAAGGGCAGUAUCGCCACCAUGCUGACCCUUGCUUCAUCCCAAGGGGAUGGUCUCUACAAGGAGCUUGCAGAUGUCAAAAGUGAAUACAGGGAGAUGGAGAAGCUGCACAGAAGCCUGAGGGAGGUUGCUGAGAAUGCCGUGCUGCGGAGGGGCAUGCAAGAGUUCCUUCUGAAGAUGUCCCCCAGCAAAGUUGGCCCCCCUACAACAUAGAUUUAAUUCUUGGGGCUUAACACCAAAGGGAUGAAAAGCAAGCCUGGAGCCAAAUAAGUAGAAUUACUUCUUUUAAGAAAAACCUAAUAAAGAACAUCUCCCAACUGUUUGGGCUUUAUAUGCAAUAUAAAAUUCAAUAUAUUGUUA